CAAAACGUAUUUUUACAUUUAACGAACAAAGAAGGAAAUUUACUGCGAAGGGCUUAACACUCAUAGUUCUUUCUUUCUCUGUAUGUUUAUCUCUGCAAUUUGUUUCCGUCUCUGCUCUAGGGUUGGUACACUGUCCCUUCUUCUUGUUGUCUUCAAUUUUCCUUCACAGUCUCUUAGCUUUCCUCAUCUUCUCUUUCUUGGGUCCCCAUGUAAUCUGAUUGAUGAUUAGGUUUUGACUAAGGUACUUGUUUUUCUGUUUCUUGGGUAUUACUUCUGCUUGCUCUUUGUUGGGUCCCCAUGUAAUCUGAUUGAUGAUUAGGUUUUGACUAAGGAGGCAAAACUAGUUGCCAGUAAUGGGUGAAACUGGCAAGCGUGGUCGGUCACACAGAGACCACGAUGGGGACUACAAGAAUCAGAAGAGGCGGGUCAAUGAUAGAGAUGAAAGGGGUGGUGGAGAUGAAUUGGUGGUUUACCGGAUACUAUGUCCAGAUGGUGUUAUUGGAAGUGUCAUUGGUAAGAGUGGGAAGGUGAUAAAUUCAAUAAGGCAAGAGACAAGGGCAAAGAUCAAGGUUGUGGAUCCGUUUCCGGGUUCCAAAGAUCGGGUUAUAAUAAUUUAUUCCUAUGUUAAGGAGAAAGAUGAAGUUGAGGUUGAUGAUGAGUUCAAUGAUAGACAGCCUUUGUGUGCUGCACAGGAUGCCCUUCUCAGGGUCCAUGCUGCUAUUGCCAAUGCUGUGGCUUCUACUGGAGACUCUGAGAAGAAAAGGAGGGAUAAAGAAGAAUGUCAAAUUCUUGUUCCAUCUAGCCAGUCUGCCAACAUAAUUGGUAAGGCUGGGGCCACCAUUAAGAGACUGAGAAGCAAGACAAGGACAAUCAUUAAAAUUACUGCAAAGGAUGCCUCUGACCCGACGCAUUCAUGUGCUAUGGACUUUGACAAUUUUCUCCUGAUAACUGGUGAACCUGAAGCAGUGAAAAGAGCAUUAUUUGCAGUUUCUGCAAUUAUGUACAAGUUCACUCCAAGGGAGGAGAUUCCUCUUGAGACAACUAUUCCAGAAGCCCCGCCAAGCAUAAUUAUCCCUUCAGAUGUCCCACUCUAUCCACCGAGUGGGCUAUACCCUAGUGCAGAUUCCAUUCUCCCUUCAAGAUCUGUCCCUCCAAUCCUAGGUGCUACACAUGUACAGGAUCUCCAAGGAUAUGCAGAUACUGCAAAUGCAUGGCCUUUAUAUUCAUCUUCUCUUCCUGUAGUUUCUGGUUUCAGUGGUGCCUCUCGAUCAGAGGAGUUAGUUGUGAGAGUAUUGUGUCCCUUUGAUAAGAUUGGCCGUGUAAUCAGCAGGGGUGGGGGCACCAUUAAAAGUAUAAGGCAAGCUAGUGGUGCUCGUGUUGAAGUUGAUGAUACAAGGGAUGAUCGUGAUGAGUGUAUCAUUACUGUCACGUCAACAGAGUCUCCCGAUGACCUGAAAUCCAUGGCAGUGGAAGCUGUUUUGUUGCUGCAAGAUAAGAUAAAUGAUGAAGAUGAUGACACUGUUACUAUGCGACUUCUUGUUCCAUCUAAAGUUAUAGGAUGUAUCAUUGGAAAAAGUGGUUCAAUUAUUAAUGAAAUUCGUAAGAGAACUAAAGCUGAUGUCCGUAUUUCAAAAGGUGAGAAGCCAAAGUGUGCUGAUAUCAAUGAUGAACUUGUUGAGAUGGUAGGAGACAAUGGUAAUGUCAGAGAUGCGCUUGUUCAGAUUGUAUUGAGGCUCAGAGAUGAUGCAUUAAAAGAUAGAGAUGGUGGUCGUAACCUCUCUUUGGGUGCUGAAUCUCUUUAUUCUGGUGGCACUGCUCUUUCUAUGCCAUCUGUGCUGACCUCUGUUCCUCCAGUUGCUUCACUAGGUUAUGAUCAAAGGGCUGAAAGUGGAAGUGGCUUGGGCAUGAUUUCGUCAAGUAGUCUUUAUGGAUAUGGGUCUUUGUCGAUGGGAGAAAAUGGCUAUGGAUCUAUGUCAUCUUACUCGUCUAAGCUCUAUGGAGGGUUGCCCCCUUCUUCAACAGUUGAGAUGCUGAUUCCUGCCAAUGCAGUGGGUAAAGUGAUGGGCAAAGGAGGGGCAAAUAUAGCCAAUAUUCGGAAGAUAUCCGGUGCAGUUGUAGAAAUAUCUGAGUCCAAAUCUUCCCGUGGAGAACGUAUUGCUCAUAUAUCUGGAACACCUGAACAGAAGCGCACAGCAGAAAACUUGAUUCAGGCAUUUAUAAUGGCCCCAUAAGGUUUUAAGGAUACUUAUUGAUGUUCAAAGCUGAAUAGUUAAAAUCUUGGUCAUUUCGCUCUCAUGUUUCCUCUCCUUUGCUCGUUUAGGUUUUUGGUUCAGGAGAGGACUUCUGUCUAGUCUAGGCUUAUUCAAUUGGACUUCUGAUCCUUACGUAGUAGUGAUAUCAGAGACAUGAAGGUGGAUUCACUGCUUGCUUAAUGUUUAGGGGAUACAGGUUUCCGCUUUUAUCUCUUAGUCGAUUCUUAUCCAGCACUAUCUUCAAACUUGGUCAGGAACUUAUAGUUCUUUCACUCCAUUCGCAUUUGCUUUAUCUGAUCUUAUCUUUGCCUAGUGUAGAGUCCAACUUUUCCAAAGAUGUCGAAAGGAAAAAUUUAUUCAGCAAUCUUAUAAUAUAUGUAUGGUAUAUUCUGUCCA